CAUUGAUAUGAUAUUAAAAAGUAUAUUUUCAGAGGUCCAAAAUGGGCCGAUCUGAAGUCCCUUGUCGAGGGGUUAAACUUCUUCUUAUCCUGACGUGCUUAUGUGUGCAGUCUUCAUUUGCUCAAAAAAAGAAAAAACCAAUUACAACUUUGCUGAACGCAAAAUGGAACAACACGCCAAUGCUUUUAGAGGCUGCCGAGUUUCUGGCGAGUGAGAGUAAAGAUUACUUUUGGAGAUUCAUUUCUGAUGUUGGAGAGGUAGAUGAGAGGAGCUGGAGGAUGAAAACUGACGAAGAGGUUCAUCAGCUGAUUCUAGAGUUGACCGCCAGAUACUUGACCCCGGCACAGCUGGAUAUACUCAAGUUCUCUCUCUCUUUACGCACUGAAUCGCCUAAGCUUGAAAUGCACCGUCAUCUAUCGAAGGAUCGAGGAGUUAGCGAACUCGCAUGCCCCAUCGUCUUCGAUAUAAACCAUAAGCUGACCUGUGCUCCACCCCCUAGCUUUGAUGAGCUGAAGAGCCCGGUGGUGUACACCGUAGACCAUGUGUACCCGGGCAUUAAUAUAGAAACCGCGCCAACUGUGAUCAUGUACGCGGAGCUGGGUACCGCCGCCUGUACCACGGCGCAUAAUGAUAUGCUUGCGCGCGCAGAACGCGGAGAGGUUAAGUAUGUUUUCCGACAUCGGGUCCCAGAGGGGGAGGGAAAGGUUCGUCUCUCCGGUUACGGGGUUGAGUUGCAGGUUAAAUCUACCGAAUACAAGGCCCAGGACGACACUAAGCUGGAAGGAGAGGAUGGAAGUAAUGAGGAUGAUGAAGCAGGGGAUGAGGAAAUAGAAGGAUUUGUAUUCUCCACUCUAAAAGACAAGCAUCCAGAGAAACUAGAUAAACUUACUGAACUAAAACAACAUCUGCUAGACAACAACAACGACAUGGCACCCAUGAAGGUUUGGCAGCUGCAGGAUCUGAGCCUACAGGCAGCGCAGCGGAUAAUGAACAGUGACGCGGCGGAACGGCUGGCAGUUAUGGCGGAUUUAGCCGCCAACUUUCCAACACAUGCCAAGUCUCUGACUAGAACGAGUGUGGGCAAGGAUCUGAAAAAGGAAACCAAGAAGAAUUCUGAACAGUUCUACUCCCAUCUCAGUUUAACCAGCAGUGACGCAGCUCUGUUUAUAAACGGGAUGCAAUACGAUAUGGAUUAUACUGAUAUCUUCACCAUAUUGGACACAGUUCGACAAGAGGAACGUGUGCUAAGCGGCCUUGGCAGGCUGGGCUUGACCCCCAAGCAGACGAGUAGUCUUAUAACCCUUGAUCUUGGAUCCAAGCAGCAAACCUAUGGAGUUGACAUCAGGGAUUCUGCGGUACACUGGAUAAACAACAUAGAGACUGAUAAACUGUACAAGGGUUGGCCUGAAAGUGUACAGGAGCUGUUGCGCCCAACCUUCCCUGGCAUGUUGCGGAGUAUCCGGAAAAAUUUCUUCAAUAUCGUGAUUCUCUGUGAUCCGACCAACCUUAACUCCAAGAGCAUUCUCAAGCUUGUAGAGUCAUUCUACGUGCACAGAGCUCCAACUAGGAUUGGAGUUGUACUUCAGGUAGACUCAAACCUGGAAAAGACCGGAGAGAACGAUGUCGGAGUAGCAAUUAACAACGCUUUUAACUACAUCUCCACCAACAAGCAAACCUACGACGCUCUGGCCUUCAUCACAGACCUGUACAGUAAGUUAGAGGAGGGAGACAACCUCGACCUUGCACACGUUAAGGAGACCUUCUUGGAGGCCUACGGAUCUGAUGUUAAGAUGGUGGAUGUGUUUGGCGAGGACUCGGAGUAUGAUGUUGGGCGGCAGUUGUCCGCAGAAUUCAUAGAAAAGACUGGAUUAAACUCACUGCCACAGGCGCUGAUAAACGGAGUCCCUAUUGAUGAGAAGUAUCUAACUGAAGAGGAUUUUGAAGAGCAGCUUCUUGGAGUUCUCAUGAAGGAAACUCAAAACCUUCAGAGAGCUGUUUAUAAAAACCAGCUUUCAGAUAAACAGGAUGUUCUAGACUACCUCAUGUCACAGGAGAAUAUUAUGCCGCGUCUCAAUCAGAAAAUUCUAGACUCAAGUGAAUCUAAGGUGUUGAAUAUGGCUGGAGAUCAGUUGAACUCUCUGAAAAUGACGUCUUUCUCCCGCCUUGAUAAACGAUCAAUGUCUGCAACUAUGGUGAAGAAUCUAUUCUACAUUACUGGGAAGGAAGGAUCUAAGAUGUCUUCUCUUCGUAUGGUUUCCAGCUGGGUUGUCUGUGACCUUGAGACUAAGGCUGGUCGUGCAACUGCGCUUGCUGCGGUCAAGCACGUUAAGUCCUCAAACCAAAUGCGUGUUGCGUUCAUUCACAAUACAGAAAACCCAGGUUCGAUAAGUAAGGCAGUUGAAGCUGCUGUUAGAUUUAUGAAACCGUCAGCUGCUGCUACUUUUAUUGCUAAAAUAUUGAAGGUAGAUACUGCUGUGAAACUGACUGCAGGAACCAAGAAGCUUGUGGAUUAUGAUAUCCCUGGGGUUGAAAUGAAAGAUUUCCUUCAAAAGAUGGAGGCUGAACUACCUGAAGAUGUCUUCAACGUGCACCGUCUCUAUGUUGAGAAGGUGGUUAAGCUUACAACAGAACAAACAGCUGUUCUCACCAAUGGAAGGUUGGUUGGUCCAAUGGCUGGUGACGAGGAGCUUACCUCCAAUGAUUUCGAAUUGUUGGAGAAGCUAACUAUGAGCAUGUAUGGAGAGAAGUUGGUUCAGUCUUUCUACAAUCAUCUAGACGUCAACAAACCGGAUAUCAGUGAUGUUGCCCUCAUCCUAGGAGGACUACUGACCUCGCGUACAAGUGCAAAGACGCGCACUGAGCUAAGCUUCCGGUCGGAUGAACACAGUGUUAUCAAAAUAGAACCACGCUUUCCAGAUCGUCCUGCCUUUGAUCUCGUCGCUAUCGUGGAUCCGAUAUCUCGAGGAGCGCAGAAGAUUGCUCCCGUCCUUCUUGUGCUCCAGCAGGUUCUCAACGCUAGGAUCAGGGUGUUCAUGAACCCUGUCGAUAAGCACAGCCAGAUGCCGAACAAGUCCUUCUUCCGUGUUGUUCUAGAGCCAUCUCUGCAGUUUGGAGAGACGGGUCAACUCCUACCUGGACCGCGUGCAGCCUUCCACAAUAUCCCAGAGCAACCAAUCCUCACACAGAACUACCAUGUUCCAGACAACUGGCUGGUGGAGCCUGUCAAGUCUGUGUACGAUUUAGACAACAUCAAGUUAGAAGGAAUAGACCAUGGAGUCUCCUCAGAGUGGGAGCUAGGUUCGAUUCUUCUUGAGGGACACUGUUUCGAGUCAGGAACCGGAAAUCCACCACGUGGUCUUCAACUGAAUCUUGGAACCAAAGCUAACCCUAAUCAUACAGACACGAUAGUGAUGGCCAACCUUGGUUAUUUCCAGCUAAAGGCGGACCCAGGAGCGUGGUACCUUAACCUCAGACCAGGACGGAGUGAUCUCAUCUACGAAAUCGUUAGUCACGAGAAUACGGAUAGUGAAAAAGGAGAAAAGGAUAUCCCGGUUCUAAUGAAUAGUUUUGCCUCCAGGAUUGUAAAGCUGAAAGUUGCAAAGAAGCCUGAAAUGCGUCACGAGGAACUGCUUCCCUCGGACAAAGGUGGUGAGGAUACUGGAAUAUGGUCCUCGAUCAAGUCAAAGUUCUCAGGUUCGGAGAAGGAGGAGGAAGUGGAUGAGGGAUUAAAUAUAUUCUGUUUGGCAACUGGGCAUCUUUAUGAAAGAUUGCUCAAGAUAAUGAUGUUGUCGGUACUGAAGACAACCAAGGCUCCUGUCAAAUUCUGGAUUCUGAAGAACUUUUUGUCUCCUGAUUUAAAGGAUUUUAUCCCUGAGUAUGCCCGGAGGUAUGGGUUUGAGUAUGAAUGGGUUGAAUACAAGUGGCCGAGAUGGUUAAACCAACAGAGUGAGAAGCAGAGAACCAUUUGGGGAUACAAAAUCCUGUUCCUGGACGUUCUUUUCCCUCUCAACCUGAAGAAGAUCAUCUUCGUCGAUACAGAUCAGAUUGUUAGGACGGAUCUAGUAGAACUCAGGGAUCUGGACCUUGAAGGAGCUCCAUAUGGGUAUACUCCAUUCUGUGAUUCUAAUAAAGAUAUGGAAGGAUUUAGAUUCUGGAAACAGGGCUACUGGCGGAAUCAUCUAGCAGGGCGGAAGUAUCAUAUCUCCGCCAUAUAUGUUGUAGAUUUAGUGAAAUUCCGGCAGAUAGCUGCUGGUGACCGGCUCAGAGGUCAGUAUCAAGCUCUGUCCCAGGAUCCAAAUAGUUUAUCCAAUCUUGAUCAGGAUCUACCUAACAAUAUGAUACAUCAGGUUCCAAUCAAGAGUCUGCCGCAAGAAUGGUUGUGGUGUGAAACCUGGUGUUCUACUGAUGAGCUCAAAAACGCUAAAUCAAUAGAUUUGUGCAAUAAUCCACUCACAAAGGAGCCUAAGCUGUCAGCUGCCCGACGUAUAGUAUCUGAAUGGACUGACUAUGAUGAUGAGAUGAGGCUACUGGGUCAGGAGAUUGCAGCGGCAAGGAAGGAAACUAAACCAGCGCAGCAACACGUGGAAGAGAAACCGGUUCGAGACGAGUUCUAGGAUACAAUUAAGACAACUGGUUAAACAGUGCAAACUUUUCAUUUUAAGAACAUUUAAGAACCCCCUUAAGAACUUUUUAAAAGACUUAAUUAAAGUUAAUUAUCUUACUUUUUUCUCCUUCAUCUCUUUAAAGAUGGCGUCCUUUAUUUAGUCUUAUUUAUUUGUCACACAAUUAUCAGCAUUUACAAGAUUAUUAAAACAGAUCUAAUCUAUAGAUUGUGUUAAUUUAAAUGUCCAUUAACGUUUAAAUUCUGUAACCCAUUAUGUUGUUUUGUUUUAUUUUCUUUUCUAUGCAUGUACUUAGAUAAAAUUAACUGUUUUAGUGAAAUUGUGAUAAAAAUUUCGAAUGUACUUAUUGUUUGGGUGUUUUUAGGGGUUUUAUUUUUUUUAAUGUAUAAAAAAAAAUCUACUAACUGA